AUGAUUCUGGAUUGCUUUUCAGAUAAUUCAAUUGAAGAUCUUCCUGAAUCAGUCUGCAACCUUGUCCACUUAAAGGCACUUUGCUUAGACAAUAAUAAUGUGAAGCAGAUACCUACUAAUCUGUUGAAAGACUGUAAAGCUCUGCAGAAUAUUUCCCUGCAUGGAAACCCUAUAUCAAUGGAUCAGUUUCAGCAGAUGGAAGGAUUCCAAGAGUUUGAAGCAAGGAGGAAGAAGAAGUUCGACAAACAAAUUGACUCAAAUGUGAUGAUCAGUUCCAAAGGCCUUGAUGAGGGUGUCGAUCAUUGAGAGUAUGACAUUGACAUUCCUGAAACAGUAAGUUCUGAACCAAAGUCUCAAUGAAGUUCUAGUGUUUGUAUUGUACUAGCGAAAAGAGAGGAGUCUCUUGUUGGGCGGGUUUAUAUUCUUGGUUGUGGCUCUCGUCAAAUAAUUGAUAUUACCAGAAUUGCACUUUGUAUUUGUCCUCUCAGUUUUUCUGAUUUGACACUUUCAAUUCUGUAAGUAUCUAUUAAUGGUCACUGCUGCUCUGGUUUUGCCUACUAUGCUGAUUUUUGAAGUAAAAUUGACAUGUUCAAACA